CCGGGCUGCGCGUGCCCAGUGCGGCCGCCAAGAUGGUGGUGGGCGCGUUCCCCAUGGCGAAGCUGCUCUACCUGGGCAUCCGGCAGGUCAGCAAGCCGCUGGCCAACCGCAUUAAGGAGGCCGCCCGCCGCAGCGAGUUCUUCAAGACCUACAUCUGCCUCCCUCCGGCUCAGCUGUACCACUGGGUGGAGAUGCGGACCAAGAUGCGCAUCAUGGGCUUCCGGGGCACAACCAUCAAGCCGCUGAACGAGGAAGCGGCCGCCGAGCUGGGCGCCGAGCUGCUGGGUGAAGCCACCAUCUUCAUCGUGGGCGGAGGCUGCCUGGUCCUGGAGUACUGGCGCCAGCAGUCGCAGCAGCAUCGCAAGGAGGAAGAGCGGCGGGCCGCCUGGGAUGCGCUGCGGGACGAGGUGGGCCACCUGGCGCUGGCGCUCGAGGCGCUGCAGGCGCAGGUGCAAGCGGCACCGCCGCAGGGCGCGCUGGACGAGCUGCGUGCCCAGGUGCAGGAGGUGCGCGCCCAGCUCUGCGCUUCCAACAACGCCGACCAGCGGCAAGCACACCAAGCCGAGAAGUCCCCGCCCCAAGCGCCAUCGACGUCUAAGAACUAGGGGACUACUGAAGCUGAACUUGAACAUGGCUGUGUGUGCCCUGCCUGGCCGUCUUCCCCACCAGACCCUGCCUGCGCUGGCCCAACAGAAACCAUGGGGAUUUUGAGGCUGCUUGGUACUUGGGUGCCACAUGUCUUCUGUUAUGCCGCCCCCACAGGUGAAGCUAGGCAGCUGUGGCUACCCCUCCAGCUCCGAGUCACUGGCACCACCUACAAGGCUCGCCUUCCCCCUCAGACCACAGGGACCUACUCCGUCCUGGCCUGCUGGACACCAAGAGACCUCUUCUGGCAAAAGAAAAAAAAAAGCUGGACUCACCACCCCAAUCCCUGAAACCUGAUGGGUGCUGCCUUCCCCUUGCCCUCCAAGACCCACCUGUGAUUUGGGACACCCCUCUUUUGUCAGAGGGGGCAGUGAUCACUCAAGUUCAGCCCCAGCUGAGCACCUGCUCUGGGAGGGGUCAGCAGAGGACCAAGGGGUAUCUGUGAGCCCCGCCCACAGCUGCAGGCGUGACUGGGCAGGGCCUUCUUCACCAGUGUCUCCUGCCAAGGUGGGGAUUUUGACCCUGGUCAGGGCCAAGCCAGUCUGUCCCCAGCCGUUCCUCCAGAUCCCUGAGUGCAGUGUGUGCAGGAACCCGGCAUCUUGGAAUGCCACUGAGAACCACAGCGGCCUCCACACCCAGCCUAGCGCCUGUUAGAGUGAGGCGAGCGCCUGCGAGGGGGCCUGGGCUCGUACCAGGGGCUUCUGCCCAGGUUAGGGAAACUGAGGCCCCCCCAGGGAAGCUAAGGGCAUGGCCACGACGUCCUGGCCACUCAGGCACUGGGUGCAGAGGAUGGAUGGACGGAAGCCUUGAGGUGGGGGUCAGCACAGCCCCAGACUGCAUGGAGACCGACCGUGGCAUUGAGUAAACAGGCGCAUGCCUCCUACCUGGGCCGGUUUCCACAAAGCUGUAGGGGCAAUGUGUGGGGGCUCAGAGCUAAGGCCAGUGGGAUGCCAGGACCUGCUCCAGUAGAGGUGGGGCACCAGGCUCAGAAACAGCCUCUUCACCCUUGCUGGAAGGGAUGGAGAGGCUGGGAGUGGUCUGAGGGAGGAAGUGAGGGGAAGAGCCCAGCACAGGAAGGGGCUGGGUGGAGCCAGAGGAGUGGCCUCAGUGCCUGGUUUCCAUGGUUACUACAUCCCAUCCCUAGCUAGCAGUCACUGUUCUAAACUGAUAGAGUCCCUGAGCGCUGGUGAGCUGCUGGAUGCUGGCCGCCGUCCCAGGUGCCUUACACUGGUGAGGAGUCGGGGAGGGACAGUCAUCUGCUCUGGGUCACACCAGUGGGAUGGAGGAUGGGAAGUCUGGGCCACAGACACCCCCCACCCACGCACACCCCGUCGCGGCUCUGGUUUCCUGCCAGCUAAACUCGGGUGGCUUUGUGGUCUGGUGUGGGGCGGGCCGGGGCAGGGCUAGAAUAAACUUAUGACUGAAGGUAGUGUCUUCAAA